UAACCUGUGAAACCGGAAACGCUUUCACCAGCAUCAGCAACUGUCAUGGCUUCCUCUGCUGCUGCCCGCACGGCAGCUGGUGCUGCUAAAGUGGUCAAACCGAUUCUUAGUCGGGACUUGGACGAGGCUAAACGCAGAGUUCGGGAGCUGUACCGAGCCUGGUACCGUGAGGUGCCGAAUACAGUGGCAAUAUUCCAGUUGGACAUCACAACACGCCAGGGCAGAGACAAAGUGAGAGAGAUGUUUGACAGAAACAAACACGUCACUGACCCGCGUGUGAUCGACAUGCUGGUCAUUAAGGGUAAAAUGGAACUGGAAGAAACGAUCCACGUCUGGAAGCAGAAGACCCACGUGAUGCGUUACUUUCACGAGACGGAAGAACCUCGAGGGACAGACUUCCUGUCCAAAUUCUACAGAGGCCAGGACCCAUGAACUGUGUAGCUGAGCUCCAACCCAUCUCUGCUCGUUUCCAGUGUGAAAAUAUGUUUCCCUUUAUUGUAAAUACACACUUUAACUCCAACAUGCUUACACUCGUCUUUUGUCCAGAUCCAGUUGUCCGCCUGAUUCUGCUUUUAUGAAAAUAUUAUUUCUAACGUUUUAAAAAACAACAACUUCUCUUCUUUUGUGUCCAAUUUUGUUGAUAGUUUUUUUUUUUCAAUCUACACAAAAUAUCCCAAAAAAAAACAA